AUGACAUCUAGGUUGGCCAGCAAACUAUUUGUUGAUAAGGUCAGGAAAGCGCCAUCUAUGACAGUGCAUGAGUUGAUGACCAAAGUAACUGAGGAGUUAAAUGUUGAUUUCAAUCUUAAGCAAGGGUAUAGAACACUUAGAAAAGUGAGAGACACUAUUCAAGGGUCUCAUGACAAACAGUACACCAUGUUGGAAGCAUUUUGUGGUGAAUUGAGGAGAGCAAAUCCGGGAUCUAGUGUGCUUGUUGAGACUGAUGUAGAUGAAGAUGAUGUUUCUAGAUUUAGAAGACUGGCUGUAGAAAGUGAAUUCGUUCAAGCAGUUACGGACAAACUUCCACAAGCUGAGCAUAGCUGUUGUGUCCAACACCUUUACACCAACUUCAAGCAAAUGCACAGAGGCCUUGCUCUUAAAGAAAGGCUUUGGAGAUGUGCAAGGGCUUCAUAUAUAACUCAGCUCAAAAUAGAAAUGGAGAUGACGAAGCAAGAAUCAAAGGAUGCAUAUGCAUGUUUGGAUGAAAAGGACCCCAAUACUUGGUCUAGGGCUCAUAUCAAGACUGGAUUGGAUUGCGAUAUAUUGGUUAAUAAUAUGUGUGAAUCUUUUAAUUCAAUUAUUUUAAAGACACGAUCAUUGCCUAUCGUAGGCAUGUUGCGGACUAUUUACUUAUAUGUGUUGAAGAGAAUGGAGAAGAAUAGAGAGACAAUGUCCAAGCAUGAAGGUCUCUUAUGUCCAGCAAUUUUUGACAUUCUUGAGAAGGCCAAGAAAGAGCAAUGCAUGUGCAUUUGCUACUAUGCUAGCCCGAUGAAGUAUCAAAUAUGUUGUCCUUUCAGUGACCAGUUUGCCGUUGAUUUGGGGAGCAAGACCUGCACUUGUAGAAAAUGGCAACUGAGGGGAAUCCCAUGUGGCCAUGCAGUUGCUACUAUUAAUAGGAGACGUGCCAAAUCAAAAAAAAAAAAUAUAGCACCCACCUACUGGAAGAGUACAUACAUGAAGAGUUAUGAACCUAUGUUGAAUCCAAUCAAUGGUCCUAAUCUAUGGGCCCAAGUAGAUUUACCACCAAUGAGGCCUCCAAAAUAUGGGAAAUCACCUGAAAGACCAAAAAAACUGAGGAAAAAGGGAUCAGAUGAAGAUAGGAACAAGCAGUUAUAUGUGAAUCCAUCUAAACCUCACAAAGUCAUCAAGAUUGGCACUAAGAUGAGCUCUGCUCCUCAAAAUCAGACUGAACAGAAAAUUGAUGGAGAACAACCAAUCAAGGGCGCAAGAAAAUGCUCAUUUUGCAGGAAACCUGGCCAUUCGAAGAAAGGUUGCAAGCUGAGGCAAUGGAUCUUUAGAAACUCACUGGACAUGACUGGAGAACUUGGACUCAACAGUGUUGCAACUAAUUCUCUGAUUAACCCAUAUGAGACAGCUUCAAAGGAAAUUGAAUCUGGACAUGCCAGUGCUUUGAAAUUUGCAUUUGUUGCUGUGUGA